AUGGUUUCCAGCGCCCAGCUGCUCCUUGUGACCCUCCUUCUGGGUCUGACCGCAGUCAGAGCCACUCCGGUGGUGCAACAGGCGGCCAGCGCCCAGUUUACCUCGGCAAUGACCGACUUUUUGCAGGCCUUCAAGAGCAUCAUGCCCUGCGGCUACGGAGACAUCCCAGUGCUGGCCCCCAUCGUGAAUCCGUUCUACGAGUUCGAUGUGGCCAGCGAUGACUUCACCGUGGUGGGCAACGUGACCAACAUCCGCAUCCAGGGCCUGGACACCUUCAAGGUUCUGAGCGCCAGCGACUAUGGCCAAACCGGCGAGGCCGCCUACGACCUGCUCUUCCCGAACAUUCAAGUGCUGGGCUUUGCGCAGAUGGAUGGAUUCAUCAACGUCGGGGGCCUCAAGCUGCCCAUCUGCCAGAAUGACGUGAUCAACGAGGCUCUGAUGGAUCUGCGCUUCGUGGGCAGCUACAGCUUCGCCAACAGCCUUACCAAUUCGUCCGGACUGCGCGUGGUGGACUUCAAGCAGACCAUCUACUUGGCCGGCGUCGAACUGGACAACUGGAACACCCUGUGGAACAGCUCCACCAACAACUUCUGGAACCGCUUGAUGAAGACCCUGCUGCCACUCGCUCUCGAGGAGAUCCAGCCCAACAUCACCGAUUUGCUGUACCAGCACUUCCUUGUUCCCAAGAUCAACGAUCUGCUGGCCAACGUGAGCAUGGACGAGUUGGUAAGCUUCUUCCAGACUCAGGCCCAACUCUGGGCCAAUGCCAACUGCCAGGCUUAA